UCUCCUCUCCUCUCCUCUUCCCGUCUCUCUCUCUCUCUCUCCACCUACGCAGCUACAACAAGACAAGCCACAUCUACAUGCAGUACGCCCUCACGCGCCACCACCACCACUAAACCAGAGAGAGGGGCAGACAGGAAGACAGAAUUGGCCUGCCAAGAAAACAAAAGAGAGAUCAAACCAAGAGGAGAAUUGGCAAGAAACACACACACACAGAGAGAGAGAGAGCAAGGCAGGAAGGGAGGGAGGGAGAGAUGGGGAUGCGGGUGCCCGGGUGGGUUGGCGGCCUGGUGGAGGAGAGCUUCUUCGUGGGGUGCGAGACGCACGAGAGCCGCAGGAAGAACGAGAAGAACAUCUUCUGCCUCGCCUGCUGCACCAGCAUCUGCCCGCACUGCGCCCCCGCCCACCGCCACCACCCACUCCUCCAGGUGCGGCGAUACGUGUACAAUGACGUCGUCCGCCUGGGUGACCUCGAGAAGCUCAUCGACUGCUCCUAUGUCCAGCCCUACACGAUCAACAGCGCGAAGGUUAUCUUCCUGAAGCCGAGGCCUCAGUCCAGGCCAUUCAAGGGAUCCGGCAACGUCUGCCUCACGUGUGACAGGAUCCUUCAGGAGCCCUUCCACUUUUGCUGCCUCUCAUGCAAGGUGGAUCAUGUGGUAGAGCAGGGAGGGGACCUGUCCAACAUCCUGCUGUAUCGCGCCGGCGACGAGCUCCCUUUCCCGCGCUUCGAGAACCUCCACGUGGGCGACGCCGACUCUGGGCAGGUCACCCCGAACUCGAUCCUCGAGAACCCGCUGCACCACCGCAACGGGUACGGCGGCGGCAGUGGCGGGUCCAGCGACAAUGCCGGCAACGGCAAUGGGCAUGGCGGCGGCGAGCCGGCGGUGGUGAAGAGGAAGAAAGGGGGAGGGUUCUUCCCCAAGAUGGUGCUGUCACUGGGCAACAGGAGGAAGGGUGCACCCCACCGAUCCCCCCUAGCCUGAGAAUUCCCUCGUUUGC